AUGGCGUCGCCAACCCCACCGGCCGCGACGGACGCCACCGCCGGAGCCGGAGCCGGAGCGGAGAUGCCACCCAAGGACGAAGACGCAGCAAUUCGCCUUCGCCGCAGCCUGUUCGGCAGCGACGAGGAGUUGGAGCAGGAGCCGGAGUCGCCCUCGUCGUCCGGCGAGGACUCCGGUGCCAGCGACAGCUCCGAGGACGAUUUCACGGAGGAGGGCUUGAGGGCGAGGGACGCGGUGCUGAGCGUGGCCAAGUCCGUCGUCGCCCUCGCCGCCUCCGUCGAUGGAGAUCCCUCGUCCACCUUCGCCUGCACGGGCACCGUGGUCGCUCGCGAGGGCCUUGCGGCCUGGAUCAUGACCUCUGCAACUCUGAUCAGGAAGCACGACAGCGGCACCGAGGUCCAUGAACUUUCCAGUGUGAAGAUUGAGGUGCUCCUGCCUAACAAAAAGGUUGUCAAGGGGCAGUUGCUGAUGUACGAUUUGCACUAUAAUGUCGCCAUCGUUUCCGUCGAGUGCGAAGCUGAUCUCCUCGUGGCGGUGCUCGCCGACCUCCCGGGCUCCUACUUCCUGACACCUACUCCAGUCGUUUCGGUUGCCUGGAAAUUUGAGUCUGGAAGUUUGCAGCUGAAACGUGGGGAGACAUUCCGUGCAGUUAGCGAGUUAGAUUGCAAUGAACUUAUGGUCUGCACUUGUCAAAUGGAGCCUCAGAGGCAAAACAAGGAUAACAGCAUUCAGUAUAUUACGACGAUUUUCAUUGGGGGUCUUCUGAUUGAUUUGGAAGGAAGAAUUGUUGGUAUGAAUUUCAUAGACGAGAAUAAAACUCCCUUUUUGCCUGUCCAGCUUGUUGGGAGAUGCCUGAAACAUUUCAGAAAGUUUGGGCGAAUCAAACAACCAUUUCUAGGAAUAAGGGGCCGGGGGCUUCACAUGUUGGAAUUAAAGGACUUGGAGAAAAUAUGCCACAAGUACCAUAAGCCACCUUCUGGAAUUCUGGUGGAGAAGAUUUCUGAAGUAUCAUCUGCAAAUUGUGGAGGCAUUGAGGCUGGUGAUAUCAUUAAUAAACUUGAUGGAGUUGUUUUGCACUCUCCAGCACAGCUUACAACAAUGCUUCUAGACACAAUGGAGGUUGCAGUGAAUAUGCAGCCAGUCGUCCUCCAGGCGACUGUCUUGAGACCCAGGGAUGGUACAACAUUUGUUGCAAACCUAAAAGUAGUGGAAUGCCCCCAUGGUGAAUGCCAUAUGUUGCUCAAAAACAGAUGGAGACUGCCACCGCCAAAAGAGUAUUGGUGGGGGCCAAGUGAAUGGCAUGAUUACUCCGACUAAUUUUUAGCAGCCGACUCGGCAGCACAUUGUUAGAUAACUUUCCUUUUACGUAUGGAGUAUUACAUCAUUCUUAGCGAAAAGAGUAUUACGCGGGCUUUGCCGUGGCGGGAACAUGUGACGGUACAUCAAUGGCAUGCGAGACUAAGGAUAACCUUGACAAUUUCCUGACACGGCAUGGCAACACGAGAAAUGCUACACUUAUGCGUUGAUUCCUACCGAAAGAAGUUAUAGGCCGAGUUGUGAAACCUUGAUUGGAAAUCAGGAGGGAGUGGGACCCGCACUGAAAAUCAGGGAGCAAAGAGAUUGGUAGUCAGGAGUCUGUAGGUUUCUGUGGGAUUCCGCAAGUGUAGAAUUAUUG